AUGGCCAAGCUGCUGCCUCUUCACCCUGGAAGGGGACAACUAAUCAUCAGCCCUCGGCCUCACACGGCUCCCAGCACCACCACACGGCCCUCCACAGGACGUCAGACAGGUGGGGGAUCCAGGCAGACGUGCAUCCACAGAGACAGAGUUCCAGGCAGGCAGCUCACCCUCGAGCAGGUGGAGCCUCUGAUCCACAGCAGACUGGCAAACAUCAAGUCAGCCUUCACGGCGGUGGACUCUGAUGGGACAGGGCUGGUCAGCAAAGAGGAAUUCAUACGAGUCCUGGAGAGCCUGCUCUCUGUCAGCCAACUCGACACCCUGCUCAACAAGGUGUGUGAGAGGAGUGCUGAAACAGUGGACUACAUGCAGUUUCUGGGGAGCUUCAGACGAGCUCCCGCGGCCCACAGAGCCUGCAGCAGCUGCAGCAGUAUGAGGCGUGGCCCACAGAACACUUCCAUGUCCCUGGCUGACAUACAGAAGCAUCUAAAAGAAAAGAUCGGAAGCAACAUGAGGACUGUGAUCAGAGUGUUCCGCUUGUUUGACUACAACCGAGAGGGGCACAUCCAGCAGCACGAAUUCCGCCGCAUCCUGGACAACUACUGCAUGCACCUGUCAGACAAGGAGUUUCAGAGGUUGUGGAAACACUACAGUCCCAAUAACACAUCCAGCAUUUCCUACGAACUGUUCCUGGAGAAGCUAGGCUUUGGAGACAGCCAUAACUUCAAGAUUGCGCCAGUCUGCACUAAGCUAGAGGUGUCCAGCCGUGGGACAACUCCAUCUGAGAAAGUCAAACAGAGAAACCAGACACCAGAAUGUCGUUCCAAAUCAUGUGAUGCCUCAUCGGUCUUGCCGCACAGGAAACUGCGGUCUCUCUUCUACAACAAGAUGUGUAUGAACUCUACCGCGGUGUGGCAAGCGCUGCAGGCCUUUGACACCACCCACACUGGCCUGGUAAAACAGGAUGUCCUCAGGGCCGUUCUUAGCAGCUUUAUAUUCCCCAUGAACCCUCACUCCCUCCAAAAGCUGACCAGCCGCUAUGGUGUGGAAGCAAUAGGGCCAGUGAAGUGGAAGCACUUUUUGGGACACUUCAUGAGCCCACUUCAAGAAAAGGGUGACACGUGUCUUCAUUGUGACAGGAACUUUGAGCAUUCUGCCCCAGAUGAAGACAACUUGAAUCUCCAGGACAUGUACCUUCAUCUGAAAGAGAUCUUCCAUUUGCUGGACAAGAAAGAGGCAGGCUGUAUCACUCGAGCAGACCUGAGACACUUUCUGGAGAGACCAGGUGGGACUCAAUUCCGGACACCCGAGCCUCGUCUUCGUCGUUCACAAAUCACAGAGCUUCUCAAAGCGCUGGACCCGGAACACACUGGGCUUAUCCAGCUGGGCAGCCUGGAGAGACUCAACCCCAGCAUCACAUCCUCUCCCACAGGAAACAUGACACCGCCACCCUCUCCUGCUCACACGUCUGAGCCCCUGGAUGUAGGCGAGGAGACCGAGGACACUGCUGAGCAGCAAAUAACACCAGAUGAGAGGCAGACCACACAGUGUACCGAUAAAGCGUCUGUGGCAUCUGCUUCAUGGAGAACAGUGGAGAAAAUACUGCUGGACAAGUUGUGUGAGCAGCUCAGUUCGGUGCUGGCAGCUCUUGAACUGUGUGACCCUGAGCACACUGGAUACAUCACACAGGAAGAUCUGAAGAAGGUCUUAAGCUGCUAUGGCAUGCCCAUCUCAGACACACACUUCAAUGAGCUCUGCAAGGCCUCCAGCUCAAGACCUGACAAUUCUUCUAAGCUGGUUUAUUACACUGGCUUUCUCAGAAACCUGGGAGUAGCAGUAACAGAUGCACAAUCCACAUCCUCCUCCCUUGAGAGACCAUGCACAUCAACUCAGGUGACCCUGCAGUCAGUCAAGGGACAGCGACCUCCCUCGAGCCUGCAGGUAGGUCCAGACCCCUGCAGCAUUCUGGACAUUGUUUUCCAGAGGAUGAAAGCGAGGCUAGAGCAACGCCACACCAGCCUGGCUGACCGCAUCCAAGCCAUCACACACAGCUCUGAUGGGACGCUGUCAGAGACAGACGUACGAAAAAUAAUAGAAGACAGCUGGGUCAUGUUGGACGAUAACAGUUUCAACAAGUUCACUGAACUGCUUGGCUUCAGGGAUGGAUGGAUCAACUGCUCGGUAUUCCUGCAGAAGUAUGAGGAGGCCACAGUCAGGAAUGGGCAGCAUGUCUCUGUGGAUCAUGGUGAUAAGAAUGAGGCUGACCCCGUGCUUGCCUCUGCUGAGCAGUGUCUGGCUGCCAUGAAGACCAGGAUCAAGAUCAUCCAUAAAGACAAUCUGACAGCAUUCCGGCUGAUGGACAGAAGGCGUAAAGGUGUGGUUGACUGCCAUGAUUUCAAAAAGCUCUACAACAGCCUGGGAUUUUUCUGCGAGGAGGGAGAGUACCAGCGGCUGCUCGAUGUGAUCGGCCUUCAUCCCGGAGGCAACCUCAAUUUUAAAGAAUUUGUUGAUGUCGUUGAAAACAAUGGCAAACGCAAACAAGGGACACAAACAGCUAGCGUACAAGAGCAGCUCCAUGAACUCCUGGCCUCUGAAGCACGCUACAAGUGGGCAGACAUGUCUAAGGUGCUGUGCCAGUUUGACUCAGAAGGUCGUGGCUGGAUCCAUAAAAAGAACCUGAGGGGGCUACUCUUCACCUAUGCUCUUCCCAUGAGUUCUGAUGAGUUUGACCAGUUUUGGUUGAGGUAUGACCCAGAGUGCCAGGGCUGUGUAGAGGUUUGUGACUUCCUGGAAAAGCUGGGGUUUCAUCAUGAAGGAGAACUCAUACCUCAGGGCCACCAUCCUGUUGCCCAACAGGACACUGUCAGACCAGGUUCCUCUGAUACUGCCUCACUGGAGUGUAUACAUCAGACCUUGCAGGACAACUAUGAAGGCCUGAGCAACUCCCUGACUCUGGGAACGGGAAGAGACGGCACAGUGACAGUGGAUCAGCUGCUGAGCCUGUUGCACACCUACAGCUGCUCAGUCCGGAGAGAGCAGCUCGUCAAUCAUCUGCGCAGACUCAAUGUGCCCAUGGAUGAAAACUGCAAGAGGCUUGCUUAUAUGGACUUCCUGUCUGCAUUUGACCACAAAUCAGAGAAAUCCAAGUGUCCUCCUGCAUCCCCUGAUGCUGUGCAGCAGAUAGAGUCUUUGGACAGCCUCAGUCCAGGUGCGGCGAUGGCCAGGAUGCAACAACUUGUCGCUGUGUCAGUACCUAAUCUGUACAAGGCAUUCUUGGCCUUUGACCAGAGCGGGACAGGGACAGUUAAAGCUCUGGAUUUUCGUAAGGUGUUGGAUCAUUUCUGUGCCCGUCUAUCAGACAAACAGUACAGAUACAUGCUAACUAAACUGGAGCUGGACUGUGAGAACUGUACUGUUAAGUGGAAAGACUUCCUUAAUAAGUUUCAGUCACAGAGUAGACCGUUGUCAGCAAACAGGUGCCUGAGUAGGACCUCGCAGAGUGGGACUAAGACCAGAUCCCCUCUCCAGACCAAGACCUCUCAGAUCACAGACCAUCUUCAGCAGAUUCAGGAAGUUGUUUCCAGUCACUUGUAUGAAAUCACAACAGGGCUGAUAGAUUCGGAUGCCUCUGACAGUAAUACAGUCUCUAAAGAGCAGUUCAGACAAGUUUGCGAUCGUCACUGCCUGAGACUCACAAAUGAUCAGUUUGAGAGUGUGUGGAGUCAGAUUUCUAUAAGUGAGCAGAAGAAACCGCAGUACAAAGAGUUUCUGAAGCGUUCUGGUGUUCUGGGCAGAACCCCCCUCACAGAGGCAGGGGGUUCCACCCCCAGCAUCCUACCUCCUUCCCCUGAGCCCAGAGUAACAGUCUCAACAACAAAAUCUUGUUGUCCACAAACUGCUGGUGCCACUCUUCAACGCACUAAGUCUGCCCCCCAGUGUACCUCCAGGCGUUCUGCCUCAGUGGGGAGGCCGCGAACAGGAAGCCUGCUGGGCAGCACGGAGAGGAGGCUGCGAGGGGCAGUGCAGCGCUGCUGGAGGGAGAUCCAGAAGAACUGUUCCAAGGAAGAUCCUCAGAAAGAGGGAUACGUUAGCACUGCCUCCUUCCUGGAGAUCCUCCAAUCUCUUAGCAUCAACAUGACUCGGGAGCAGUUUGAGCGUCUUGCUGUGGAGCUUGACAUCAUGAAUAAUGGCUGUAUUUCAUAUCACAACUUUCUUCGCCACUUCCUCCUGAACCUGAAACCAGCAGAGGCAAAGAGGGGAUUUGAGCGACGUGAACUACCUCUUCCCAUUACAACGACGAGCCAUGGUGUUCUGAGCAAAGACUGCGUCGAGGUCAUGCUGAGAAUCUAUGAUGCGAUUCGCUCCUCCUGGACCUCCAUCAGACGCUGCUUCCUGACUUCUGAUCGCAACCGCACGGGAAUUGUCACUGUGCAAGACUUCAGGAAGGUCCUGCGCCAUUUCAGCGUGAAUCUGUCAGAGGAGGAGUUCUUCCACCUCAGCUCUUAUUUUGAUGCCAGUACCACGGGGAAGAUUUGCUACAACAACUUCCUUUGGGCGUUUCUUCACUGACCUUCGUUCAUAUGCAUACAGCUGCUGCAGAAACACUCAACUAAAACUCAACACACUCAGGGGCUCCAAGUUUUAGUGUUUGGCAGUUAUUCUGUUUGUUUAAAUGCAAACGGUGAAAAUGAGCUUCUUCUUCUUCAUUUUUAUCUAAUCUUGAAUUCCCCUGGAAACUUUUUUCUCUGUAUGAUUAAAUACUUGUUGCUAAAUAACAGCCCUGAUUAAAUCAGUAUUUUUAGGAUUUACAUGCAUUUUGGAAAUUCAGUACUUCAGAUUUAUGUUAAAUUUCAAGACAGGAAAUAAUGUUCCCGUCAAGUAGUGAGGUGGAAGUAAGGGUAUUGGGGUUGUAAGCAUGGUCAACAGGCAUAUAACAUGUCUGGUUUCAUAAAUCUGUA